UCAGUUGUUCCCAGUGGAUGUGAGUCAUUUGAUUCAAUGGUUUUAUAAAUUACCUUAAGUGAAUAAUGGAUAAUUUGCAUAUCUGGGAUGGUACAAAGAAAUUAAAGUUACUGGGCAACUUGAACGAAACUAUAAAAAAGCUGUGCAACAUUGGCAACCACAUAUAUUUAUUAACAACAAACAACAAUUUUUACCAUGGUUACAUAGAUGAAGCCACAGAUGAGAUUCAAUUGGAACUGGUGGAGUCUCUCAACUUGAAAGAUAUAGAUUGUUGUGAUAGUGUUUUGUAUGCAGUUGAAGUCAGCGGUAAGGUCCAAACAUAUUCAGAAUCAAUAGAGCAUGUAGGUGAAAUAAUGCUGAUUGAGGAAUCAAAGACCUGCUUCCAUGGUCACACUGGGGCCAAGUGCAAAAUGAAAGUUGAUAAAUUAGCAGUGGGGAAUUAUGGUGGCCUCUUCAUCACAGAAAAUGGCCAACUGUGGGCUUCAGGUAACAUGCAUCAAAUUGGAAUAAACAGUACAAAUCCAAAGAAAGUCUCAUUCUUUGACAACAGGUUUGUUUACAACUGCAAUGUGGGAAAUGAUUUUGCCAUAGCAAUAGUCAGUAAGCAGAUCAUGAAUGAUGACACAGAUAGUGAUGAUUGUGAGGAAGACAUAUUUGUCUCAAGUUGUCCCCAUUGCUUGUCCACCUCCCAAUUAACAUCACCAAUAUCACAGAACUCACUAUCAGAUAUUUGUCCAUUGGGCCUUCCAAUUCCAGUUAGUUAUGAUAUUGAAACAACCUCAACUAGUAGUAGAAACAGUAACAGCUCAAAUGAAACAAGGAAAUGUCUAGAGAAUGACCAAGCUGCUACUGAUAAAGUGGAAAAGAAUAUUAUUUUCCGAAACACUGAGGCUGCCAAAGAAUUUUUAACCAGACAAUUCUCAUGGAUGUCUUCUGCUGGGGAAUUGGUGGAGUGCACAGAGAAACCUACAAGAAUAAUCAAGGAAAAUGUUACAAACAUGGCUAGUCUAGUUUAUGAGGGUGUUAAAACUGUAGGAGAUAAAGUGGUGACCCUUUCAAGGCAUGUCAGUGGUAGUUCAGAGAAUAAUGAGACAUCAGAGAAUGUAGAGGAAAUGCAAUUACCAAGGGUUACAUCAAAAGAUGAAUUCAUGUGGUCUUUAAGUCAAGGGACAUCAGAGAGGGAAUUCAGUGAGCUAGGCAUACAUGAAAGAUGCAGCAUGUUGCUGAAGACAGGUUCAAAUUUGCUGAACUGUGAGGUUUGGACUUGGGGCAACAUACUGCAUGGCCAAUUAGGGAAAUCGUCAUUGUUUAAUGGUGUUGGUGAUAUUAUGAAGCGAGAACGUCCGAUGAUUAUAACGAAGUUAUCCAAUGUUGGUGCUCAAAAGGUUUCGGUGCAGAGUUACCACGCCGCAAUUCUAACGCUGGACGGUAGAGCCUUCAUGUGGGGUAGGAAUGAUUACCAUCAGGUAACUAUCGAAUGCAACAUUGAUCAAAGCUCCCCUCGGCUAUUUCCGUCCGAAAUGUCACAGCGAGUGAAAGAUAUCUCUUGUGGUGAUUACCAUACGACAUUAUUAACCACGGAAAACGAUCUAAAAUAUUUAGGAAAACACUCGAAAGGUAACAUAGUCACUCUGUAUAACAAUGAAAAAGGAGAGUUGAAGCUGGAUAGAGAAGAUAACAUAAUGAAUUACAUAUUAUCCAGUAAACAGUAUAUCGCGUUGAACACUCCGUUCAACAACAGUUUCAUCGUGGACAGUUUAGUUACCGAGCAGAAGUAUCUGGAAGAGAUGCUUCUGGUCCACGUGAAUCUUAUAAAGCCGGUGCAAAAGAGGAACAUAUCAUGUGCAGAUUCCUUGCAGUACGAACAACUGUGUCGGCAUUACAUGGACCUGUUGCAUUUCACUGCUCUGAAUAUCAAAUCGUUGAUAGAUUACAGCAAUAAGUUGAUCUCAGAAUGUGAUAUUGUUAUGUUUAAGAACGUCGAAGAGCAUUUAUUUAUUUACAAGGCUUAUUUAAAUACUCUCCACAGUAUUAUUAGUUUAGGUGGCUGCAACGUAAUAUCGAAGUUAAUCGAUAUACCCGCAUGUUUGUACAAGAUGGCCGAACUAGGUAAUAAGAAAGACAAGAAGUGCGACGAGAGUAAUGUCGUGUAUAAUAUACUGAUGAAGCCGAUGCGGCGGAUGACGUUCUACGAGGGUUUCAUCCAUUUGUUCGUGAAGAAUUCUUCGAAAAUUAGGCACGACACUUUGACGAAAUGGACUUUGCUGAUCGAAGAGCAGCAAGUCAAACAUGAGGAGGCUGAAACAACGAAGCAAUUUUGGUUGAAUUCGGGGAAAGUUAUUGAACAGUUGAAGACGCCUAACCGUAGGUUGGUUAGAGAUAGUCAAAAGUUUCCAAUAUUCUUGCAGAAUGGAAGCAGGUUUACUUCGCACUGGUUCAUUUUAUUAACGGAUAUUUUUGUGCACAUGAACGGAUCUACGCCGAACGUGCAUGACCUAACUACGGUUUGGGUAGAACCGCAGCAGGAUAGUAAUAAUAGUCAGUACCAGAUGAGCCUCAAAAUGCCCGAAGAGUCUAUUGAACUUUACACGACGACUGCUGAGCAGAAGAUCGAGUGGUUCCACGCGUUGCAGAACGCGAUAAAAUUAGCUUUAGUGAAGCCUAACGCUCAUCAACCUCCAUGCUUGAGAAGCGCUAAUUACACCUUUGUAAAGAACGGAAUUUACAAAGAUGCAAAGUAUAGUGGUCGUUGGUUAAAUGGCAAGAUGCACGGAUCUGGGAAACUGGAAUGGCCGGAUGGUAGGAUAUACAAAGGACAGUUUAGCAACAAUCAAAUGCACGGUUUCGGAAGAUUAGAAGAACCUAAUAAAGGUAAUUAUGAAGGUUACUGGAAGGACAAUCAGCAGAACGGCUUCGGUAUUUUCAAGUACACCAACGGCGAUCUUUAUAAAGGUUACUUCAAAGAUGGCCUAUCCCAUGGACACGGGUUCUUCCAGCAAGGACAUUUCAUGGCAACAGCAGCAUCCAUUUACAUCGGUGAUUGGGUUUUUGGGAACAGAAAUGGAUACGGUAUAAUGGAUGACAUCGUGACAGGCGAAAAGUAUUUAGGCAAUUGGAACGAUAACAAGAAACACGGAAACGGAUUGAUAGUCACAUCAGAAGGAAUAUACUACGAGGGAAUAUUCAAUCAGGAUGUUUUAACGGGUCACGGUGUUAUGAUUUUGGAGGACGGCACUCAUUACGAGGGCGAUUUUAAAGGGACCGGUAUUCUUAGCGGCAAAGGAGUUUUAACGUUGAAAUCAGGGCAUACGAUUGAAGGGAAUUUGACAGGUCCUUGGAACGAGGGCAUUAAAAUAUCGAACGCCGUUCUGUCCUUAACGAAAACAGUCCAUCCAGAUGUAGAGGUUAUUCCGAAAACGUUCGGAACCUUUUGCACGCCUGUAGAAAACAAGUGGAAGAGUCUGUUCCGUCAAUGCCAUCAACUUCUGGGUAUACCUGAAACCACUGUUAAGAACAACGUAAAGAUUCCGGAUAUUCAGAAAAUCUGGCAGAACGUUGCGGUUAUUAUUUCCAACACUCAUCAAGGAAUCUCGAAGAAGAAAAAGUUCGAGACAUUUGAGAACUCUUUGAAUAAUUUGGAUACAAUUCCGGAAUUCGGAAAGGAUACAUUUGAUGAACAAAGUCACAGUGAACUUAAAUUAUAUUUAACGAAGGCCUUUGAAUGCUCAUACCAUCCUUUGGGAUCUUUACUAAGUGAUAUUACUAAAGCCUACACCACAGCCUACGGCACUAGAGCCCAUCCAUUAUUAUUGCAACACGCCGUAACUGAAUUACAUUCUAUAACAAAAAGAUUAUACGAUAUAGUCAAGUUGCUAUUUCCAGCAUUGCCAUGUUAUGGAAAAGAGAUCGUCCUGGGCGAAAAUGAUGUUAUCAGUUGCCAGGCGUUGUUAUAUCCAAUAAUUUUACCUAAAGUUCAUCUAUCGUUAUUCACUUUAUACACGUUGAGGAACAAACAACAAGAUGCUCAAUAUUGGAAACGACUGCUGGAAUGGAACAAACAACCAGAUUACACUCUCAUGGUUUUCUUGCACGUUGACUCCAAAUUCUUGAAAUCUGAUCACCCGAAGUCUCCUACGAGCAUAGUGAAAGAUCAGACGUUCACAGAGGCGGUGGAAAUGUUGCAGCAAUUGAAAACAACCUUUUCGCCCAUGGAAAAACUUUUGGUGAUAAAGGAAACAUUCCAGAAAAUGACGAAGGUCGUCCAGGAACAAUUGGGCGAAAACUACAGGUGGAACAUGGACGAUUUGUUGCCUGUACUAUUGUAUGUUGUAGUCAGAGCUAGAAUCCUGCAAUUAGGCUCCGAAUUAGAUUUUGUCGAGGAUUUCAUGGAGCCUAGUUUAGAAAGCGGAGAGUUAGGUAUAAUGUUUACAACAUUGAAGGCGUGCUACCAGCAGAUUUUACAAGAGAAACUAACAAUAAAUUAAGGUCCGGUAUGUGACUUCCAUAGGAUAUUCGAAGUCGGAUUUUACCGAGAUUUUUUUAUUAACUUGAAUAUAAGUCUCGACUUGGCAACAUAUCAUUGUUUUAGCAAUAUUUCGUUAUUAGAGUGUGUGUGUGCAAUUGUUAUUAGUAAAACAUAUCUAAGAGUUAGAUCCAGUAUUUCCAUCUUCGAAUGAGUAAUGCGAAGGUGGAAGCGCCGGGUCUUAGAGGUAAAGCAAGAAUUGAUGUUUAUAGAGAUGUGCAUGUGAUACUCGAAAAUCAGAAAAUUAAACGAUUCGCAAUAAUUCAAGUCAUUACAGAAGGAAAAGAAGUAUUUAUAUAAUCAUUUUUAUUGUUUUUUCUUAUACAUAUAUUUUAUUAUC